AUGCUUGAUGGGUCGAGCCCCCAGGCUGGAAAAAUCUGGAAAAAGGCAUCACUAACCUUUACCCUUGAUGGCAAAAAAAUGACGGAAACAUUCCUCAUCUGCAACACUGGAAACCACCCUGCCAUUCUAGGACUAAAAUGGUUGGACGCCCAUAAUCCGGAAAUAGAUUGGAAUCUGCGCACCCUUUCCUUCCCUCACACACCCCCAGAACAUGUGGCAAUUGCCCAAGAGGAGGAAACCGACAAGAAACCCCUUGAAGGAGUACCCUCCAAGUACCACCAAUAUGCUAAGGUAUUUGGAGAGGAAGAAUUCAACAAGCUUCCACCCCACAGGCACUAUGACAUUGGGAUAGAGCUCACCAAAGAAGGACCCCUUAACUCCCCAUUGUAUAGCAUGACUGAUGCCGAGUCCGCCACACUCAAGGACUGGCUCAGGGACAAACUCAAGGCUGGGAAGAUCCGUCCCAGCAAAUCGUCAAUCAGUUCCCCCGUCAUGUUUGUACCCAAGAAGGAUGGUUCCCGCCGUUUGGUUGUAGAUUACCGCCGCCUUAAUAACCGGACCAAGAAGAAUGUAUACCCAUUACCCCGCCCUGACGACCUCAUGGCCCAACUACGUGGUGCCAAGGUCUUUACUAAGCUGGACCUGCGCUGGGGAUACAACAAUGUCCGGGUAAAAGAAGGAGACAAAUGGAAAACCGCCUUCCGUACCAAGUAUGGCCUCUACGAGUCUCUGGUAAUGACAUUUGGCCUGACCAACGCCCCUGCCGCCUUCCAACACUUCAUGAACAAACUAUUCAAGGACUUGUUGGAUGUAUGCGUCAUCAUUUACCUUGAUGACAUCUUGAUCUACUCCAAAGAUGACGCAUCCCACACACAACAUGUUCAUGAGGUCUUACGGCGCCUAAUGGAGAACCAAUUGUUCUGCAAGGCAUCCAAGUGUACAUUCCACGUCACUUCUGUGGAAUACUUAGGGAUCAUUGUGUCCGAUAAGGGUUUCAGCCUGGAUAAGCUUAAGAUCCAGGCAGUACAAGAAUGGCCGGUCCCGACUAAGGUUAAAGAAGUCCAAUCAUUCCUAGGCUUUGCCAACUUCCUCCGACGAUUUGUUGCCAAUUUUAGUCACAUGGCCAGGCCGCUACACAACCUGGUCAAAAAGGAUACGCCAUGGAAAUGGGACACAAAGGAGCAAGAAGCUUUCCAAGGACUAAAGGAUGCCAUCACCAACGCCCCUGUACUCUGCCACGCCAACCCCACCAAACCUUACUUCCUUGAGACAGAUGCAUCUGGCGCGGCCCUAGGGUCCAUACUUAGUCAACGGCAAGAAGAUGGACGCUUACAUCCACUGGGAUUCCUGUCAGAAUCAUUCAAAGGUGCUGAACAAAAUUAUGACACCCAUGAUAAGGAACUCCUGGCCAUCAUCCAAUCAUUCAAAUACUGGCGCAUCUUCUUGGAAGGGACCCUGCACCCCAUAACGGUUUUCACGGAUCAUUGUAACCUGGAGUACUGGAAGGAAUCUAGGACCUUCAAUUGCCGCCAUGCACGCUGGCACCUACUCCUGGCUGGGUACAAUUUCCACAUCGUAUAUCAACCAGGUAAACAAUCUGGAAAACCAGAUGCCUUGUCUCGUUGA